CUUGGGCCAGUCGAAUUUGAACCGCCGUGGAAAUCAGACUUGUGCCAGUAGGUUACUCUACCGAUUGACGUCCGGCCUCUGUGUAUUGUGUAUGUUGCUGUAAUCCGGUUUUUUUCCCUGUGGUGUGUUCGAAACUGACGUUUCGGAAUAAAUCUCGCUCUCAGCCCCCGACGGAAGAAGUAGCAGCCGCGUUCCUGCUGCUUCGAUUUUGAGGAGAUUAGCACUAGCGCUCUCUCUCUCUCGUUUCUCUCGCGUUUCGCGCGCCAGUGUGCCGUUUUGUGUAGUCGUUACCACCAGAUCACAGUAGUCCAUACGCGAGUGCACAUCAUUGUUGGUUACAGUUGCGGAGGGUAGCAGUUCAGCUAGUAAAGAGUCCCCGGGUUGUUCCGUUUUCUCGGCCUGUGCUCAGUGUGUGCUAAAACCCGAGACACGACAUUUUCAGCUGCUAAAUAUCUCUAGUAGAGUGUGUGCAAACGCGGAUCCGUCGUGGAAGAUUUUUUCGGAAACAGCAAACGCUUGUCCGGAAUAUCUAUACGUUUAGUCACUUUUCCUCUGGUAGGAAAAAGUAAUUUUGUGUAGUAACUCGCAUUUCCGAGUGGCAGUGCCCGAAAAAACAAGUGAACCGAAAAGUUCCAGCAGGAAGUGCAGGAACUUGGUGUGAUUUUAUAAAACCCUACAACUUCGACCCGGAAAGGUUACCCCUUAGCUAAAACACAAAAAUGGCCGACCAGCUGACAGAAGAACAGAUCGCCGAGUUCAAAGAAGCGUUCUCGCUGUUCGACAAGGACGGUGACGGCACAAUCACGACCAAGGAACUGGGAACCGUGAUGCGAUCCCUCGGCCAGAACCCCACAGAAGCAGAACUGCAAGACAUGAUAAACGAGGUCGACGCGGACGGUAACGGUACGAUCGAUUUCCCCGAGUUUCUCACCAUGAUGGCUCGCAAAAUGAAAGACACCGAUAGCGAAGAGGAAAUCCGGGAGGCGUUCCGAGUCUUCGACAAGGACGGCAACGGUUUCAUCUCGGCAGCCGAGCUGCGCCACGUCAUGACCAACCUCGGGGAGAAACUAACGGACGAGGAGGUGGAUGAGAUGAUCCGCGAAGCUGACAUAGAUGGCGACGGCCAAGUUAAUUAUGAAGAAUUCGUAACAAUGAUGACAUCGAAGUGAGCUGCUACAGGUCGAAAAAUUGCGCCUUUCUAUUAUUUGUUUAUAAAGAAGACUGUAGCCUCGCGCAACAACAGCUGCGCAACGCUAUUGCUAUGGAUUUAAAAAAAAGCAUGAGUAAAAAAGAGAAAAAAGUAAAAAUUAACAUUAAAUUAAAUAUUAAAAAACAAAACCAGAAAACAAAAACAAAAAAAAAAACGAGAGAAAGAAAAAAGGACAAAAAUAAUGCAAAAAACAAGUAAGGAAAAAUAACUUAAAUUAAUUGUAACAACACAAUUUUAAAUAAGAUAAAUAAAAAGAGAAGAGAAGGAAACCGGAGGAGAGCAGAGAAAAAACCAGAUACAUUAAUUAAAGUUAAUCACUAUCCUUAAUCUAUUUGUGUAAAUUUUUGUAAAAAUAAAAUAUAAAUAUAAAUUUAAACGAAAGCGAAAGGCAGGUCAAACGGUCAAAACGAGGUUCAGGUUCGGGGGCGCGCACUAGCGAUAACGGCGACGGCGGGGAAGACGCGAAAAAAAUCGGAACGCGAGAACGAAUUUGUUGGAACACACACACACACUGAGAGAAAGAUUAACAUCAAAUUCACAUGAAUCGCCGGUGGCCGCUCAGAGAGCUUACAGCAGGAAAAGAAAGGGGAUUGCCAAGCAUUUCGAGAAGGACAGGAGGACGAUACACGUAGAAUAGUUGGAACCGUUGUUGGAACGCCUCUGACGACCCCGCGCAGUUCCGUUUUAUUCCAGAGAGCGAGAGAUAGAGCUUACUUGUUAGCACUGCUGUUGUAACGGUUUUCAGUGGGGCACCGGAAUUCCGGGCCUUUUUUCGGUUGGUUGUGAGUGUGCGGCGGCGGCGGCGCGAUCGACGUUUGUUGAGGGUAGAACUCUCGUCCUGGACGGAUUCCCUUAUACCCGGCAAGACCACCUGGAAAGUUCGUUUAAACAACAUGGGUAUCGAAAUCUUUACCAUUUAUAUGACAUGUCCAACGUUUUUUUUUUCUUAAAUCACAGUUUGAAUGCUCUACUAAAGACACACAAAAAAGGAAAGGCAAAUUCGAUGGAAGGACGAAAUAGAUUUUGAGAAAGCGAGUUACAUGAUAAAUAUAUGAUACAUUUUCCACUUUAAAUGAAGAAUGAAAAGAAGAUGAACCUGCGUUAUUCUCCAGAUUUUUUUCUGAAACAAAAAAAAAAUGCAACCAAUCGAUUGAGGCAACAAAUAUCCUGCUUGGCAUAUGCGUAGUUUUCUGCAAAAACAAAAAAUAAAAACAUGUAGUGACUCUAUAACUUAUAACAGCAAAAAGUUACACAAAAUAAAUUAAACAACAAAAAGAACACCCAGCAAAAAUUAAAACAAAAAAUACAAAACAAAAGAUAAUUGUAAUGGUUAUACUUAACAACAGACACAGACAGACAACUGGAAUUACCAUUUACUACUCUGCAAAUCGUAAUUUAUAGUCGUGUUCCGAACGAGCGAAAACAGAAAGCUAAGAAAAACCAUCUCAAAAACAACCAAAAAUUGUGUUGUGUUUUCUUUCGCCUUUUGUCGAGUGAAAGUUGUUUCAGUUUUUGUUUGCAAUUUCUUGCAGGGUUUCAAGAGUACUGGUGCCCGAUUGAGAAACGGUAUCAAGAACACUUUGAACAACCAAUUGAUGAUGACCUUUCGUGAGUGUCCACCAUCUCUUCACUUCAGCGUCGUCGUGUAAAUGGAGUCGUUAAACAUUCGUGUUGGAUGGAAGCAGCUUCUUGUUAAGAAAGAACUUUGAUUUGAAGAAAUUUGGUUUCCGAGGAAGUCUUGUUGGUCCGAGAUGAUGUCCCAGUUUUCUGUAGGGAAAUGUUGGAAUGUUUUCGAGAUUUGGAUGGCCGAAGAGAGAAAUGGAAAAGAAGCAAUAAAGGUGAAGUAUUUAUCAGAUAAGAUAUUUUGAAGAAUUUAAUCACUUCGAUUGAGUCAUGGUUGAGCCGUGUUAAAGGCUUUUUUCCAAUAAUUUUUAUUGAUUUUAGAGUAAGAACAAAGGAAAUAGAGUGAAAAAAAUUUUGAAGCCAGGAUAAAGAAAAAUACGAGAUUCAAUGAAAAAUUCUGCAAACCCAACUAAAGAACUGAAGGAUGAAAGCAAAUAAUCGAAAAGGAUAUGAACAUUGAGCAUUAAUGGGAGAUAGAAUUAGAAAUUGAAGAGACCGAAAUGUAUAAAUGGACGUAUCAGAAGUAUUUUUCUAGUCCUAUCCUAAUUAAGAAAAAAGAAUUUGUAAAGGGUAUAGGAGACCUACAACACACAAACACAUUUUCUAAGAGCUUUGCACUGGUAGAGUGAGACUUGAAAAGGAUUCCAAGAGAAGGCACACUACAAAUUCACAAAUACAAAGGCGUAGAUCAGAUUUGUCACUGUAAAAACAAGAACAUGAAUGUUAUUUUUAUUAAUUGUAUCGUUUUCGAUAGGUUAAAGUCGUUGAAACUCUACGUUGUCUAUACAUAUGGUAUAUCCAAAUUUACUACAAAGAUGUCCUGAUUUGAUUGUUUACAACAAUACGCGGCACUAUCGAAUAAAAUAAGGCAGCGCGCAGCUACGCGAUCUUCAUUCGUCGUUGAUGAUUGCAUUACUACACAUAUUGUUAGUUGUAAAGAGUAAGCAAAACAAUUAUCAAAUACAUCCAAAUGAAUAAUAAUAACAAGUAAGCUUAACAAUCGGUUAAAUACACCAACACAGAAAAAAACAACCACAAUCGAGUUUGUAUAAGUGAAGCACUUUCACCAAAAAAUCAAUGAACAAAAAAAACCACUCUAAUAUUACAUGAAAAACACAAAAAUGCUAAUAAAUGUAACACAAACGAAAAGCAGCGUACGUCGAGCAUAUAAAAAAAAUUUAAACCGCAAAGCAAGCAAAAAUGUAAACUGUUUCAACAUUAUUAUAGUUAUCUUUAAAAUAAUUUAUCUAAAAUGGGAAAGUUUGAUAGGAGAAAGAGUUACAACAGAAAUUGAAAUAUGAAACAAGAUCCAAAACCGAAAAACGUAUUAAACAUUAGAAGGAAAAAAACAGCAAAACAAAUCGAAACAAGGGAUAAAACGAAGUUUAUCAUAAAGGAAUCUCGAAGCAAACGUAAAAACGUAGAAAAAACUUGGAAUCGGAAAUCUUUUUUGCAGUGAUGUUUUUCAGAGAUCCGUCAAAACUUGAAAGAAAUGACCGAAAUCAAAAACCACUUGAAUAAACCCCUCUCUAGAGUACAUAAAAAUGUGUAGAUGUGUGUGUGGGUGAGGCCUUCGAACCAUAUUUUUUGUGGAGUAACCGAUUUUCACUGACCGCGCAAAUUGACCUGCCUCUUCUCUCGGGAAAGAAAGAAACAACAACAACAACCGAAAACAACAGAAAAGCAUAACGAGGGGUGUGUCCAUAAUACAGCACACAAGAAAACAGCUUUUAUUCAAAACGGUUAAGCAGCACUUUUUGAUAGCGCAGUUUUUUUGAAGCGACUUUAAAAAAUCUUCUGCCACGUGUAAGGCAUCUGUGUGAGUGAUAUGCUCAAAAGAGUUCAUAAGCCCGCGUGCAUACAAGAAGCAAAGUCUCAUCUCUAUUGUGUGUUGAGCAGACGGCUUGGAAAGAAACAAUUUCCAUUGCCAUUGUUAGUCUGCUAAAAUGAAUAAUCGACUUUUGAUUGGUAGGGAUCGAUCGAAGGAGGGCGGACUUUUUAGGAGCGAUUAAACAGUUCUCGCGCUCGUAACACUUUAAUAAAGUGGGGCCUACAAGCCGUUGUGAGUCCUCUAAAAGUCGCCACCAGUUAGGAAGUGUGGAAGGGAAGGAACGAGUCUUGUUGGAAGUUUUUUUAGCUACAUGGGUGCUGGCCGAGCUUUGUCCAUUCCCUCGAAAAAAAGCUAACUUCCCUUUCGUAUUCCCUCAAAAGGUGCACCAAAUUUGAAACAAGUAACUCGUCGUCAAUCAUUGAAAAAAUAAGCAACGAAUUUUAUCUGACAUUUCCACCCUUCUCGAUCGACCCCUCCAAGGUCUUUUCAACAACUAUUAAUAAAUUGUGUGAUGACCAUUGAAACAAACAAACAAACCAAUGCAAAUCGGCCAGCACCCCCGCGAACAGAGAAAAAAAUAUAUAACAUUUUUUCCCACCAAACACUUGCAUUUUUUUUUUUAUAUAUCGAUAUCAAGCAAAAGCCAAGGAUCAACCAUCCUGUUGUUACGCUAGAGAAAAAAAAACAAAACUAUUAAACGAACAAAAGAAUUAAGGCUACACAAGAAUUCUACACACAAACACAAACAACAAUUAAAAAGAAAAAGAAGCAGAAGCAAAAAACAAAACAAAAUAGAGCAUGCAACCUUUCGUCGAAUGCCAAGUUUUACUUACUUUCUCUUUCACCUUUGUCGUGUGUUUGUUUCCGCCAGCGCGAAAAAAAAUAGAGCAACUCUAAAUCGAACAACACUCUUUCUUCAAAUUUUCCAAGAAAAAUCUCUCUUUUAUCUAUUUAAAACAAACAGAAAGCAAACGCGUUUAACAAAAAAAAACUGUUACUACCUUAAAACAACAAAAGUUUGAAAAAAAUCAGAUACAUUUAAGAAAAAAACGAGGUUAAUCAUCUAGUGGACAAGAUACAAACAAAAAAUGAAUCCUUCGUAUAAAGAGGAAUAGAAAACAAGAAAAAAAACAACCAUUAGCUAAAAGAAACUUGAAAAUUGAAGAAAAAAUUUAUAACAUCAUUACGAAUAGAGAACUAAGAACAAGAACAGAACAUCAAGACAGAACUACUACUUAAACACAAACCAAAAAAAGAUAGACACAAAAAAAGAAAACAACACAAAAGUAAGAAACAUAAACAAAGCAAACAAAAAAAAACAUACUAAAACAACUUCCAUUUUUUUUCGUCGUUUUUGUGAACCACACAAAGUUUGAAAAUCCAAAAAGAGGAAAAACAUUUUUCAGUGUCCUUACAAAGAUGGCUAACAAAAAAAGUCAACAAUCUCUAUUACUCUUUCACCCUGUUGGUAUUUAUAGAAUUGGACGAAUAAAAAACAAAACAAUAGUAAACCAAAAACCAAUUGGUAAAGUUUUUUCGGGAGCACGUUUCAUUGGACCUCUGCUACUUAUUCAUUCGAUCUAGGUGUUAUUUAUUGCUUUUUUUUCUCUCGGUUCGAUCCAUUUUUGAGCUUCUAAGCCAGUUGUAAGCUGUUCUAAAACCAUUCAUAAAUUGACGCCGAAUUGUUCUCCCUGUAUCAUUUGAUCCAUGUACCUACUACAACCCUUUUUGAAAAUUAGAACUCACAUCAGAAAAAAAAUUCACAGAACAAAUGAACAAAAAAGAAAUCCCUAUAUCAGAACAGAUCUUUACAAAGUAACCUACAACAAAACCAAACACGGAAGACAACAACCAAAAAUCAAUAUUCAAAUUUGCUAGAGCUAAACAAAAACAGAAGAAAAUCUAUAACUUAAUAAAAAAAACGAAACAAAUCAACUACAGAACAGAGAAACAUCUGGAAGAGGUAACGGGAAGAAAGUUUUUGGGUGACAGUUUGAGAACUAUUAUUGUGUAAACGCAACAACAGCAAAAAAAACACGAGAAGCGAAAUUAGAACGAUUAAACACUACAGCUUCAGAGACAACAUGUUUGAAGUGAAAAAUUUGGAAUCGCCGAACUCUAAAGCCAGAGAGAAGAGAAAACAAAAACAUAUACAUACACAUAUAUAUUGAGCUAACAAAACAAUCGAAAAUAGUAGAGAACACACACGCAAGAAAACAGAAAAAAGUAAGUUGAAGAAUAAACUAACUAAGAAAACAAAACAACAAACAACAUCAAAAUAACAACCAAGAAAACCGUAACAACAAAAACCGAACAACAACAACAAGA